AUGUGGUUUGGGAUUCAAUCUGUGAAACAACUUGGGCAAAAUGAUAUACUUCUAUCUUUGGGAUCAACAAAAAUUACGUCUGUGAAACAAGCUGUAAAAUUAACAAAAAAUGCUGGAGAACGACUUACACUACACCUGCGUAGACAGUAUCAUCGCACAACUCAGGCUAGUGAACCAAGAUUUGAAGAUGAAGCCUCAGAAAAAAGUGAAGAAUCCCUUGACUCUGAAUAUGCAUUAGCUGAUAACAAAGCCUGGGAAGAAAUCGAAUCCGAAAUGAAGUCUUCAGAUAGAAUUUCAAAGAAAGAUUCACAUGGUCUUCCUUGUCCUGAACUAACUCACCGUCGACUGUCUAAAAAUUCUUUGGAUAAAGUCGAGAUCCAGAUCCAGCCAGUUGAUAAAAAUGAACCUCGUCGUCUUGAAGUAAGGAAUUUUGAUACAAGUCGCUGUGAGAGUAAAUCUCCAAUGGUCUCCCCUAAAAGACAGCCACAAGUUAAGCCUUCACAACUUAGCACCCAAAUGGAACCCCCAAUUAUAUUGAGGAAAUCUAGUAAAGGCGAGGAAGAUCAGUUUGAUGUUGAAAGUCUCUUAGAGUUUGAAGAUGAAGAAGACUUGAGUGAAGUUAAUAGAACAAGGCUUGUAUCAGCUAGUCAAAAUCCUUGUUGGAAUGAAAUGUUUGAAUUUGAAGUGGAAGAAGAACACCGGUUUUUAAAUAUUUGUUUAUGGUGCAGGGAACCAGACAAAAUAGACAAACACGAUAAAGUGACCAAACGGAAAAAGAAUGUUCGAAUUGGACAUGUAAGUUUUCUUCUUAGUGAAAUUGCAUUGGAUUGCUUAACGACUGUUCAAGGAGAUACACAGAAGACGAAACCUCUGAUACCUGCUGAGCCUAAACCUGGAGCUAUUCGUACCCGAUGCUCGAUGCUUGCCUCACAUCCUGGUUUUGAACCUCAGCUGUGCCACGGGGACAUUACAGUGUCUUUCUGUUUCCAACCAACAGAGAAAUUCUCUGAACAUUAUCGUAAAAGACUGAGUAAAACUACACUUCAAACCACUGCGGAUGAACCGGUCAGCAAGGAGAUUAUUGAAAGGGUUGAGUGUCCUAAACCAAACAUUCCUAAUGCUAUUAGAAGCCCUCUCAAAACAAUAGAAAACCACAAAUUUGUUGUCAACUGUACACCAUACCAAUCUGCUUCCUACUGUUGUGUCUUCUGUGCAAGAAAGAUAUGGAUGGGAAGAGGGUUUAAAUGUAAUGUUUGUGGAAUGAUUGUACACAAGAAAUGUACAGACAAGUGCCAAGAGAAAACAUUGUGCACACGAGAGGGGCCAAGAAACAGAGCCAUUCCUGAUGAACCCUGGAAACCAAUGACAACACAACAAUCUGAGAAUCAGAAAAACAAAGUCCAAGAUGAAAAAGACAUUCCAUCAAGAACUGGUGGUUUACUGAGUAAAUUCCGAAAAGAUUCUGCACCAACUGGAAAGAAAAAUCUGGGCAGAAACAGCAGAACAAGUCCACCUCCUGAACAUAAGUGUCUGAUGGCACCAAACCACAGCCCCAAGAUGCGACGGAAAAAAUCCCUUCCUGAGACGCAGUCUUCUGUCGAUGCCGAUCCUAGUAAACUUCAUGCCACAGCAGCUGGUCUGCCACGAACACGUUCUUCAACAUCGUUGCAGGUGCUCCUCACCCAGAAUGCCUCCCCUACACUGCAACCCCAUGAAGUUAUUGUUAAGCAUGAAGAGAAGAGCGACAAUUCCGAUGACUCUGACUGUGGAGGAAAUCUUCCAAACAGCAAAGCCAAAGUUAUGAUGAACGUAUCAAACUUCGAUGAAGAAAUUGUUACUAAUGCCAAAGAAAAGGGGAAGGAACUCUUGUCUCACUUAAGCCUUGAAGAAAGGAAAGAAAAGCUUGAUACCAUGGUAAGCAUUGUCCAAGAACAAAUUGAUCAAGCAACAGAAUACAAGGGCCAGUUGACUAAGAAAGAGAAAAGCAUUAAUGAUCCUGCCAUGAAGAAAGUCUAUCAGGCAGAGAUCAGAAUGAUUGAUGAGCAAAAUGAGCGACUAAUGAUGCAGCUACUGCACUAUUGUGCAGGUUUGCAGCAUUGCCUUGAUCAACAAGAAGAAGAACGUCAGAAGGUUGAACAAGCUCAACCCACUCUUCCUGUUUCUGCUGGUCUUCAGUCAAAUUCCUCCAGUCCAUUACCGAUCCUUUCCAUUUCGGUUGUGCCUCCUGAUGUAACAGAUGGAAUGAUGGAAGCUAAUGAAGGUAGCAUCAAUGAUGGCACAAACAUUGAUAAUGGUAGUGAUGGUGAUGGCAAUGGAAACGGUAAUAGUGUUUUUGACAGCAGUAGACCAAGUAUGAGGGCCACUAAUGCAAUGAGAUCUAAUGGUGCAGUCACUGGAGGUGACACCUCAGAGGAACUAGAACACAAUAUUUCCAAAUACCCACAAAUGUCCGUUGUGAUAUCACCACCAAUGCUACCACCAUCACCACCGUCACCAACACCAUUGCACCACCAAGAAGAAGAAGAAGAAGAAGAAGACGAAGACGAAGAAGAAGAAGAGGAACAAAAUGAAGUGCCAGUUCAACAACAACAAUCUCCAUCACCUCCCACCGCCACAGUCACUCCUUACCAAGAUCAUCUCCUUCCAGCAGCAACUGCUGUACUACAGCCAGUGCAACAACCAUUGUUGUUGUCAUCAUCAUCUUCAUCAUCAACGUCUCCCGCAACUGCUGCAUGGUCAUCAUUGUCAUCAUCAUCAUCGUCAUCGUUACCAUCAUCAUCGUCGUCGUCGUCGUCGUCAACAACAGCCACACCUGCAGCAGCAACAACAGCAACGGCAACAACAAUAGCAGCUACUGCAGCAGCAACAACAACAACUUCAACUACAGCAGCAGCAACAACUAUUAUACCAACAAUGUCACCUGAAUCACAACCACCAACAACACCAGGAGUAGCUACGACAACAACAACAACAACAACAACAGCAGAAACAACAAUUAAUCAGCCACAAAUUGCUGACAAGCAACUAAAUUUACUUAGCAAGUCUGUAGAAUGCUCCGAUUCUUGACAACUGAACAUAUCCUGAUCUCCAAUUACCAUUGGUUACUGAUUACAUCAUGUGACUAUUUACUGUCACUGACAAUGUCCAAGGCCUAUUGGUCAUUAAGCUAAAUUUUAAAAUAUAUCUGUAUAUAUAUAUAUAUAUAUAUAUAUAUAUAUAUAUAUAUAUAUAUAUAUAUAUAUUUAUAUAUAUAUAUACACACCAAUUAUAACUGAAAUCAUUAACUGUUAACCCGAACAAGUAUGUGCUGCUGUAUAAGGCUAGUUGCACAAUUGUGUACAUACAUAAAGCAUGCAUGAACACACAUACAUGUAUGCAUAUCUGAAGAAGUGUGUGUUUGCUUUUGUGUGCUUGUGUGUUUGUAAGGCUGACUGAAUGAACAAGUGUAUCGUUGAUGUGUUGGAAUUUAUGUGUAUAUAUAUAUAUAUAUAUAUAUAUAUAUAUAUAUAUGCAUGUGUGUAUGUGUGUGUGCAUGUAUAAAUAUUUAUGUUAGUAUGUCUGAGCAAGUGUAUAUAUGCACACACACAUAGAUGCUCAUAUAAGCAUGUAUAUGAAUGCCUCUCUCUCUCUCUCUCUCUCUCUCUCUCUGUAAAUGUAUAUAUAUACAUGUAUAUAUAUAUAUAUAUAUAUAUAUGUAUAUAAAUAAUAUGUAAUGUGUUGUAUAUAUAUUUCAAAUGAUGAAAAAGUAUGACUUAGAUAAUUUCUUUCCAUUUAAUGCUUAGAUGCUUACAAACCGUAUCAUGAAUCUGUUUUUCUUUCAGUGAUCAGGGUGUUUUUUUUUGUUGUUUUAAUAUAAACAUGAAAAUUACAGCAAAGCUAUGUGAUAGUGGUGUCAGACGUGGCAUGAAGAGCUCAUAUGUUUGACAUUCACAUUGCGUUUUUAUUCUUCUCCUUUGUUUUAUUAUGACAUGCACAUUGCAUUUUUAAUCUUUUACCAUUUUACGAAUUCAGUGUGCACAUGCUCAUUGGAUGCUCAUACUUCUUUUUCAGUUCCUACUCAAAAACGGUUUACAAAUCACAACCAUAUCAUGAACUUGCAGUCAUGAGGAAUGCUUCAUGCUCCAAUGGUUGUGAAAAAAGCAGGUCUCUCAUUUGGAACUGAGUUUCUUAAUUAAAAAUAAUUUUCAAAUUGUUAUUUUAUCGGUAUCAGUUCUUUUUAAUAAAAUGUUAGCUUAUGUCCAGAUCUUUAGGUGUUAGAAACCUAAAUAUACAUACAUUCACUCACACGCACACACACACACAAUAACCUGACAGGUUACUACCCAGAAAUCCGGGUCUGUGUGUAUCACAUAAGGCUAGAGAUGGGAACGAUAUAUAUAUAUAUAUAUAUAUAUAUAUAUAUUACACCCAAUAAUUACUUCUCCUACAUUUCGCACUCCACAAACUUCGAAUAUACCCUUCAACACUCUGAAGAGAUCGGCCAAACUACUGGCUGCAUCGAAACGUACGUAAGUGACUAAGACAUAAUAUACAAAAUGACUCAUUACAUAACCUAAACCUCCACACUGACUCAUUUCACAAGUUCCACAUAAUAAAACAACGGCUAUCUAGUCCAACGAAAAUGCUUUUUCUUGUAUCUGUUGCUCCAUUCUCCAAGUAAAUACAUACAUAUAUAUAUAUAUAUAUAUAUAUAUAUAUAUAUAUAUAUAUAUAUAUAUAUAUAUAUAUAUAUCGAUGUUAGAUAAUCCACAAAUCCAAGAGUAUCCAAUAAUGAAUGGAAACUUAAGCAUGGCAUAAAAACAAAGCAGAUGAAUGGUUUAUGUAGUAUUGCUACAAUUGUUUCAUUAGAAGUCAUUAUUGUGACAUAAAUAUAAUACAAUUAGAUUGCAUAAUGUUAUAUAACUCCCAACUCAUCAGGCUACCAAAUAAACAAGUGAGCAUUGGCUUUUUGAUUAAUCAGCAGAUUAUCAACAAUUGAAAUUUCUAAUCAGGUAACCAACAUUUAAGAAAUUUAAGGUAGGUGUGUCUCCAGCUAGCCAAUCUUGAGAGGUGGAUAGUGGAAUAAGGUCAUAAAUAUAGGGUUAGUUAAAAGCAUUGAUAUCCUUACAAAGUGAUUAAGCCAAGUGACCUUGACUACAAAGGCCAGUAGCAGCAGACUUUACUUGAAUAGAGCAGAUAAUAGGUGCCAAGCAUGAUAUCUGAUCCUAUCAUAGCAUAAAGGCAGCUACAAGUGCUGCUCCAAAAACCUUUUACUAACCUGUAUUCAAAUUCAGCAUUAGUUUUUCAUUUGAUUAAUUAAUCUUGAUAAAAUGUUCUGAAAGAAAACUGCCAAAUUAACAGAAUUUUAGCAUAAUUUAAUGGAGAUCCUUUUAAUUAUAAUACAGGGAGAAAAUUUUGGCAAAACCACUAGUUAGCUAUAGUUUCUACAAAUCGUCCAAGAAGGAGAUUCCAUUGUGAUUGGUCUGUAUUUUUAUCUAUUUUGCAAUCCUAAUGGGCUCGUAUGUUUUAUCUAAUCAUGUCUUAGUUUCAUUGAGCCUCAGUUCCUAUAUAUACCUCUUUGCUUUUUCUGAUACUGAGUAUAUUGUUUCGGUACUUUCAUACUUGCAGAGGGCCAUACUCAUAUCUACUGGCUCUUGGAGGAUACUUGUCAUACACUGUCCAUAUACUUUCCAUGUAUUUUGCAGCUGUAAGACUCCAUUUGAUUUGGUUUGUACUGAGUACAUUUUGGUGGAGGGGGUGGGGCUUCAUACUUCAAGCAUCUAGUCAUUGGUGUUCUUUAGGUAGGCAUCUACACCUAUGGUUACUGUCUUUAGAGACAGUUGUGCCUGCAAUCAAUCGACAUCCUUCAUCCUUUCAUGAGAUGCAUAAUCUGUCUACAUUUGCCUUUGUGUGACUCAUGCAAUGCAUUGUGAGGAACUUGUGUAUUGUUGUUUCAAUUUUAUUGAUCUUACUGAAUGACCAUUUUAUGAUAUUAAAACUGUAAGUUACAACAGUUACAGCUAAGGUAUUGAUUGCAUCAAUCUUAUUCCUUGCUUGCUUAUGGGAUUGACAUAUCCACGGGUAGACAUCUUUUGUCACCAUGAUUUUUUUACCCCAAUGACUUGUCUAUUAGUCUGAAUAGCACAGUCAGUUUGGAUGCCAAAGUCACAAAGAAUGGUGGUAUUUUUAUUUUCCACUAUUUUGGUAAAGUUAUGUUCCCAUCAGUUCAUCUCAUACGGGAGUCCAGAUUUAUGGCAUAUGAGUCUGUGCAUACACUGGCUAAAUUUAUCUUAGUAAUUAAUUUAUUCAUGUGAGGCUAGCAUAGAUUAUCCAAAGAUGCACUACAAGAACAGCAGACAGGAUCAGCACCCAAGCUAUUAUAACAAAGUACUCUAUUUCUGAUUUAAGUCCAGAUGCAGCCAACCAUUGAUGGGUCAUAUUUUUACCUAUUGGUUUUUGAAGGGUAUUUGCCAAGUGACGCUUAACUUUUCUAGGUAUUUUCCAGCACUGACAUUGCAUUGGGAUUAGCUUAUAAUUUUUACCUGUUUUGCAGUCACAUCUGUUUCAUCAAAUUGUGACUCAGUUCCAUUGAUCCUCAAUUACUUUAUUUACUUAUUCACCUUUUCUGUUUUUGAGUACAUUUUUGGAAUCUUGAUACAUGUAGCAUGUAGCUAUUUAGAAAAGAAUGGAAGUUUCUAAGUCUUUUGGAUUUUUGUUCCAAAAGAUAGAAUAGUCACCUUGAUACCACCUUUAUUGCUAUUUAAAAAAAUUUUUUUAUGUAAAUGGAAGAUUGUUGAUUGACUGUUUCUGUUAGUUGAGAAGUGAAAUUUAUCCUCUAAAAAUCACCUCCUAAGUGCUGCACAUGUAGAGGCUACUUUUGUACUCAUUGCCAUUUUUUAAGUUUGUAUUGUCAAAGAAUAAAUGGUUAUUUUCAAGUAUUAAUUUCAUUAUUUCUAAAAUUAAGUCUUUUGAGAAUCUUCUCUGAAUAUAAUUUGGAUGUUUUGUCAACCAGAAGUUCAUGGCUUCAUUUCUAAGUCGUGUGGGAUAUUGAUGUAUGUAUCAGGUCAUUAAGAAUGAAAUGUCUGAUUUUGAACUGAAAGUUUUACUUAUCUCAAUAAAAAGGCAAUGAAGUUAAUCAAAGAAUGCACCUAAAUUAUCAACACAAUUUUGCCAUUUUAUCUGUAGCUUAUUUAUGCCAACAGUGAAGAAUUCUGGAGAGCAUGAGGUGAUGAAAUCACAAAAGGCUGUUUUUGCAUCUUCUUCAGAUUUGAAGUUUUUCCUGCAAAAAAGUUGUCUAAUGUCUGGAAAAUGUGAUAGUCAGUUGGUGCAAGGUCUGGUGAAUAUAGUGGAUGGCAGAGUACUUCCAAGUUCAGUUCCUGAAACUUGAGUAGCAUUCUUUGUGCAACAUGUUGUCGAGCAUUGUCUUGCAAGAGAAUUGGCCUGUCUCUAUUGACCAAUCUCAGUUAUUGAAUUGCAAGUUCACUCAUCAUUUCAUCCAGUCGGUUGAUGUAUACAUCUGCUCCAAUUGACUUACCAGGUCUCAUGAAGCUGUAGUGGAUGACACCAGCGCUGGACCACCAAACAGGCACCAUUAGCUUCUUCUGGUGAAUAUUCUUUUUUGGAUUGGGUUUUGGCACUUUGUCUCUAUCCAACCACCAAACAGAACACUUGCUAUUGUUAUAAAGAAUCCAUUUUCAUCACACGUAAUAAUACAAUGCAAAAAUGGUUUGCUUUUAUUCUGUGACAGCAAAGAACAGCAAGUUUCAAGAUGACGUGUCAUUUGAUGCUCAUUCAGUUCAUGUGGGACCCACUUGUCCAGUUUCUUUACCUGACUGAUUUGUUUCAAAUGGUCCAAUAAAGUUGGAAUCGAGACAUCAAACCUUGCUGCUUUCCAAGCUCAUCAUUGCCCACCUUGGUCUCAGGUCUACUACAAAGCUGAUUUUCAAGAGUAAAGUCACUAGACUGGAACUUCUCAAACCAUUGACAUACAGUGUGCUCAUUCACCACAUCUUUACCAAACACUUCAUAGAUAUUUCGAGCUGUCUGGGAUGCAUUAGUUCCAUGAAGGAACUCAUAUUCAUAAACAACACAAAUUUUUGAUCUGUCUCUGGGUUCACAAAAAUUGAUUUACAAAAGAAAACUCACAAUAUAAUCAAAUACCAUGAAUUGCAUUUCAAAAAAGGGAUGAUGUAACUCUUCAGUGUUGUAAAACAAAGAAGUGUCAGGAUAAAACAUUAGAGUUAAUGACUGUCAAACUUGGUGCAAAAGAAAAUUCGGCCAUUUCAUUCUUAAUGACCUGAUACUCGUUAUGUCAAAGCUGAGUAUUGUUUCCCGGUGUAUUCUUUCUGAUAUGUAAUUUAGAAAGUCCAUAUCAUUUCAAAUGAAACUCUGCACCAUUUUUCAUAAUGGUUUCAGUAUUAUAUUUAAUAGGCAUUGUGUGUUUGAUGUUAGGCUUGGAAAUGAUUGGAAUUUCAAGUUUCAGUUUUGGAAUUUCAACCUAUGUUCUAUGUUUGCCUUGAAUUUGUUUUGAUUUAUGAACUUUAGGUAAUCCAUAAAAAUUAUUGGUCUUUGAAGUUUGUUAAAUAAUUGAUUUUAUUCUGUUAGGCUCUUUGUUUUCAUCAUCAAGUUGUUACAAAACCAUGCCUCUAUAAUGGUUUUUAUUCAUAAUUAUAGUUGCUCCACUCCUGUCAGCUUUUAGAUAAUUAUUGAUGAGUCUUUUUAUAAAAUACUGAAUACCUGUAAUUAGUCUUUAGAUAUGUAUAUAUUAGAUUCACAUUUCCUCUCUCUACUGUCAGAUUGUGCUGAUCACCAUAGGUAGGUUAUGUAUUCUUUCAAGUAUUUAUCUCUAAGGAUGGUUUGAAUCCUAUUUUUGCUUUUGACUAGUGAUUCAUCCAUAUAUUCAGCAUCUUGGAAGAAUUCACUUAAUCAUAAUUUUUGGCAAAAUUCUUUUUUCUUUUGCAAGCUUGGUUUUGUUAGACUGAGUGGAUGUGAGUGUUAGACCAUUCUCUGAGAUUUUAAUUUCUUGUUGAGAUGAUAUUUUGUUGGAUAAAGUUAUUAUUUUGGGUUUACUUGUAUGUUUUUUAAUAUUUCUUUAGUGAUGGUGUAAUUUUUUUUCCUUUUUUUGGUGAAAGAUCUCUUGAUUCUUAUUUGUGUUAGGGGUGUUUUUUGUUGGAAUUUUGCAUUCUGUAUGUUAAUACUCCAGGUUGGUUAUCUCUGAGCAAGUAAACCCUUGUUUGUUGGUUAAGAGAUUGGUUCCUUAUUCUUUUGUUGUUCCUUGUAGUUUUGCUGGGUCUUUGAUUUGGCCUCUAAUGAUUUCUGUUACCUUUGUGUCUUGUCCUACUUCUUAUUACACCUGUGCAUAGUCAAACUUUUGAGUUUCUUUGAGGACUGAAGGACUUUUGUUUGUUGUGUGAAAAUCCUCCAUUUCUUAAUACCAAUAAAUACAAAAGAACAGUUCAAAAAUUGACUUUAAGAAAGAAUUGAGUCUCAAAUCAGAAACACCACUCUUCCUUUUUUUUGAAACCCACCUGAAUACUGGAAGUUAAACUAUCAUGAUAUCAUUUAACCUCUAAUCAUUAAACUGGGAAAAAUGACCAGGAACAUCAUUCUUCUUCGUUUUUCAAAUAUAUACUAUUUACCAAGGAUAUUUUUAUUUCUACCAUAUAUAUAUAUAUAUAUAUACAUAUAUAUAUAUGUUUUGUGUACAUUUACAUAUAUAUAUUACAUCAUAUGUAAACAAACAUCAGUUUGUUUUUGAAGCGUUGAAAUGUACUGUAGAACAAGCAGAAAGAUUUUUUUUUAAACAUAUUUUUUUAACGUUUUUUAAC